AUGAGCUGGCUGACUGUAGAAGAGUGUGAACUAUUGGGUGAUGCCAAGUACCGCUCUUACAUCACACAAAUUGAGAAGAUUCUCCUCAGCUUUGACUGCACCAAUGAACCAGCAACUAUCAUUUCUGCUUUGGGAAGGCUCAAUAAGAUACUACUAUCAAACUUGAGGUAUCCAGUGAUCCCAAAGAAGCUGAUGGUUGGUAAAUGCCUUGCCCAGUGCCUACACCCAUCCUUGCCGAGCAGUGUCCAUCUCAAGACCCUAGAGACAUACGACAUCAUCUUCAAAUGUAUCGGGACUCAGCGCUUGGCCCAUGACCUGUUUAUCUACAGUCCAGUUCUGCUGACAGUCUAUGAGAUGCACUUUGUGCCGUUGGGUGCCCACCUGAAACCUGGCUUGAAUGGGCUUCUGCUAGGUCUGUUGCCUGGGCUUGAGGAGGGGGCCGAGUUCUUUGACAGAACCAACAUGUUGCUGGAGGAUAUCUGUGAGGCCGUUGAGCUGCAGUACUUCUCUACAUGUGUCUGGGAAUGUGUUCUGUCCUGUCCAAGUGCUCGUCCCAGUGGCACCCUCUUCCUCUUGAACCAUCUUCGUAAGCUUCACCGUAUGGAAGACCGGUCACUCAUGAUUGGUUUCAAUACUGAAAUAGUGGUUGGUGCUGUUUGUGCCUGUCUUGACAAUAGAAGUGUAGUCAUCCAGAGAAACAUCCUAGAAUUCCUCCAUCUUGCGAUUCCUCUUGACUGCUCCCAGCUGACGAGAGCUGAUUUUGUCAGAAUUAUGGAAGCUGCCAUUAAGGUUGUUCUUUGCCAGGAUGGUUCUUUGAGUCGUCGCUUGUAUGCCUGGAUUCUUGGGACACCCACUUUUGAUUCUCAUCACAGUCGACAGUCAGUCAAUGAUUCCACAACCACUAGGGAGACGGGCAUUGAUUUCUUCAAGCUUUACUCCAGAGAUGUGCUGAUCUGUGCCCUGAAGAGGAAAUUGGCAAGAGGGGAUGAAAGCUCUUCAGUGUGUCACCUCAGCAGUUGCUCAGCUACUCUGCAGGUUCUACAGAUUCUGAAAACCUUUAUGAGCAAGCCAGAAAUUGGACCUGUUGUAAUAGAGAGUGUUCUGCUUUCUGUCUUCCAACAGUUGGAAGCUGUAGCCAGUUACCGUUUACAAGGCUGUGAUGGAAAGGAGAAUGCUGUUGUCUCACCUAGCAGCUCUCUUCAAGCAGAGAUACAUAAAGCUGUCAAUGGUUUGAUUGGCUUGUUUCCACCAUGUUUUAUUUGGGACUUCCUUGCUCGUAAAUUCAGUGAGAGUUUUACAAAUGAGAAAGAGAACAGUGAGAGUUCGGUGGAUGAGGCGGGUAACAACAGUACCUCGAGCUGUCAUGGUCCGAUGGAGAAUAUGACGGUAUCUGAACUGUGUCAUCUCACGGAGCUUCUCCUGGACAUUGUUGCUGUGGAUGAACUGCAUGCAGAAAACAGCACACUGCAUCUGCCAAGUUUCCUGAAAAAGAUAACUAUAUCCUUGACCACAGCCUGCAACUCUAUCACUAACCAUGAGGUGACCACCCUUCUCUGUCUCUGCUCAAAGAUUCUCUCAAAGAUCCAACAGUCUAUACCAGGGCAAGAGCUCAACCACACAAGAGCAUCUGGCAGCUCUCACAACAGAAACUGGAGACAGCACAAAAGAAACUCAGCCACGUGUGAGCAGCAAGAUGUAGGAAAGUACCAGCACAAUUCCAGCAGUUUGUCUUUCAGUUCCUCUCUACAGGAAAGAGAAGUUUCUAGUUCACACCAGAAAGGGGGAGCCUCUAGAUUAGAAAAUGCUAAAGAUUCAGGUCGUGUGAAAGAGGAAUGGGUUCCUCUACAUAAGAAUAUGAAAUGUGUAGGAGAUAGUAACAACAACCACAAUGUUGAAAUUGAACUUCAAACUUCCCCACGUGCUGACAGGAAACUUCAAGGAGAAAAUGUGAAUAACUCACAUUCAUAUAGUCAUGAAGAUGAAAUUUGUUUAGAAAACACUAGAGCUCAAUCAGGACUCCACAGUUCUGGGUUAGACAAUAAACUACUAGACUCCGUCAUACUGAAUGCUGAUGGGAAGAUUGUGGUAGCAUCAUCUGAGGAUCUCAUAUUAGCAGCAACACCUGCAUUAGAACCGGAUGUGAUUAGAUUACCUGUUACUGUUGAAGAACAGAACAUUCACAGCAGGGAGAUCUCUCCAAGGAAACACAGUAAACUGACUUCCAAUGAGAGUGAAGAAGAUAGUUGUUCAGAUACGGCCAGCAAGAGUGCUGUCUCCAAGACUACUUGCUGUAACUUACUGCAGCAUUGUUUCUCAAGUUUCCAUCAGUUCUUUCACAAAUUCUGCCAGCAGAACAUCCUCACCUCAGCUGAGUUCUGCAUUAAGUGCAUGGACAAUAUCACAUCCAUGCCAUCAUCAUCAUGUUUGAGAACUGUGCCCGAUCAAGGUGUCAUGGAGAAGCUCCAGUUGAAAGGUUCCAUUGAUGACCUGGUGUGUGCUUACAGACAAGCCUGUAGGCUGCUAGUGGACUUUGCUGCUGUUCCUGUCUGCUGUGUGGAGCCAGAUGUGGUCCCUGGGCAGAUGUGUGGCAACAAUGAGAUGAAAAUAGCGUUACCUGACUGGCUGCAAGACUUGUUGAUCUGCAGCUGUUUUGUGGACAGUUUUGAGGUUGGGAGUAUUUCUGUGUCAGUGUUGCUGGAGCUGGGGAGUCUGUGUCAGGCUGUACAGAAGAGGCAGGAGAUCAAGUCUGAUCACCAGGCUCCACAGUCAGUCAGUGAUGGGCGGACUUUGGCCAUUCUGCCUGGUCUGUUGAAUCAUCAUUUAGCCUACAUUAGCCAGCAGACUGGCUACUAUCAGGUUGUGGCAGGAGAAUUGUGGGAGUACAUGUCAGAGACACACCUUGCAUACCAUCAGAGAGCUGCUGAACUCUUCCACACGCUGCACCAGCUGGCGCCGGAGUCCACUGUCUGUGAGGAUGUCAUUGGUCAUGAUCUCAUUCAUGAGUCUGAGGCUGUGAGGAUACUUGCCUUCAAGAAGUUCAGCAUGUUGUGGCAUUUGACCCGGUCCAUGUCAACUGACAUCAGUCUGUCCCCCAGUCCCAGGACAUUUGACAGGUCCAUGUUUGUCAUGUUGGACAGUCUGAAGGAGGAAUCCAGCAUCACCAAGACAUUGGCACUGACCUGGCUGACUCAUGUGAUUCAGCAGGGAGACAUCAACCGAGUGCUGCAGCCGCUGCUGUUGACGUUGUUACACCCAGACACUGCCAGAGUUUCCAUCCAGCAUGUGGACCUUGACAAGGCAAAGAGAGUGAGCCUCUUUGAUACAGGACAAAAGGGCAUAGUUCCAGAACUAUUUUCUGUCACCUCUGAGAGAAAUAGCAUUAUGCUGCCUGAGAGCCAAGACAAACAUUUACAGCGGACAAACAAGAAGGUUCUGCAGAAGGCGACCGAAGACCUGAAACAGGACUCUUUCUCUGAGAGGGAGUACAGAUAUACUUCUGCACAAACAUACCCUCAUGUCAGCAUCAACUUGGAAAACAACAUUGCUCUGGCAAACGGCUUUGGUUCACAGAACUCACUGGACAAGCUGAUCUUUGCUGACAGUGAUUAUCCUCAGGUAGCAGCAUAUGGGAUGAACAAGCUAGCAUCUGAUGACAGAACACAGGCAUACAGAGACUUGAAAGGACACUCAGAUAACAGUUGCAGCUCUUCCAAGGAUGUAGCUCAGUGGAUCAUGGAUGGCAUUAUAUCCUCUGCUAUGGUCGAAGCAGUUGAUUUUGAAACCCUUAGCGAAAGUGAUGAUGGUUCAGAAAAGACACUGGGGCCCUUCGGCAGUUCUGGAAGCCUAGAUUCACUUUCUGAUGGAGAUAAUGAAGGCAGCCAAAGAUUGUUUAAUGCUGGGGAUGUAUCUUUUAACUUCACUCAUAGCUCAGAUAGAAAUGAAGGACGUUUUGAUUUUGAUGACAGUGUUGUGUCCAAAAGAAAAGGAAAUCAGUCAGCAGAUGCCAGGUGUGUAGAUAUUAAGAUGGAUGUUCAGCAGUUGCAUGAGCAUAUGCUGUUGUACACACAGCAGUUUGAUUACAGCCGCACUCUGUAUGCCAUGUCCACCUUACGGAUCAUGUUGCAGGCUUGCCCACGGCUCUUGGUGACUGCACUGUCAACCACAAGUCUUAGUUCCUUGAGAGCAACCCAGCUGCUGAAUCUGCAGUCUUUGCUAGGUCGACAUCACAGGUGUGUGUUUGGCGACGACUUUUUCACAGAGCUUGACCCUGAGGCUCUGUCGGGUUUCCGAACUAAAAUGUACAUUGAAAUCAUCAUCAUCGUGUGCCUUCGCUUUAUGCAGAGCUACUACUCAAGCCUUGUGGCAGCCAAACUUUCCAGUGAGGAUCUGCAUGGGAACCAGAUGGUGAGUUCUGGCCUAAAAAAAAGUGUGGAAGUACUGACCCUGCUGGUGUCCGAACUGUUGGCCGUUAUGAAGGACAGCGGCUGGAAUUUUGUGUCUUACAUUUCUGACCUGAUAUCUCGAUGCCGGCUGCAGAAAAUGGUAUUGCAUCGGCUGCUGGCAUCCGUGUACAGAGCCAGGUGCAUACAGACAGUGGUGGACUACAGUGAAAGUAACUUGGACCCGGAUGUCAGGAACACAUUCCAGAUCAAGUUGCUACAGCUGGUCCAGGUAGUGAUCAAGCUUCAGGAUCACAUGUGUGCUGUUGGGGAAGAUGCUGGUCAUCCUGUUGCAUCUGAGCGACCAAGACCACAGUUUAUGGUAGGUAAAUUUUCUUCCUUUCUGCCAGUCAUACAACAAGACAUGCUGCUGACUGCAGUCCUGAGCUCUCUGAGACAACCUCAGCUCCACCACCUCCACACACACUGGGUGCAUCUGGCCAUGCCUCGGAUGGUUGUCAGUGUCGUGUUGCAGCUGUGCAGUAUCCUGGAGCUGACAGCUUCCGAGAUCAUCCAGAAAAUUGUCCAGAGACUUCCUCCAGAUUAUCUUGUCUGCAUGCUUGAGGGUCUGACAACCCUGUAUCACUACUGCCUGAUGGACAAUGCCAACCCUGUAUCUAUAUGUCAACCUGCUCCAGCCAGUGCUAACAUCCCUGUUGAGACAACUAGUGCAGGGCAGAUCCUGGCCAACCUCGUUCAUGUUUUCAACCCGGUUUUGAGUGGAAAGGAACCCGGCCCAGCCACCCGAGAUACGACUCCAGUAUCACCUGUUCUGGUGACUAGAGCUCACUUACUCAGCAUGCUGCCUCGCAUCGUGGCCUGUAUGGCUGGCUUAUGGAAAGCUGUUGCCAGCACAGCAUCUGCAGAUGAUUCCACUUGUGCUACAGAACUUCAGCCUCUUGGAGAUGUUAGAGCAAUCAGACACGAGAUCCUUGAGUUGCUGAGCCCUAUCUCCCUGACACAUGGAACUCAUUUUCUGGCAGCGUUUGCUGUGGCUUGGAAUGACCGCAGGAAGAAGCCAUCACAUGGCUCGUCAUCCAAACAGCAACCAGUGCUGGUGGAGACAUGUGAUGACCAGUUGCUACUGGUGGAGCUGGUGGCAGCUAUCCGAGUGCUGCCUGUGGAUACACUCAUCCAGACAGUGAAGCAGGUCCUCAGACAGCCACCUCCCACUGAGCUGACCAAGAAAGAUUUGCCACUAGAAGUGAGCCUGCUGCAGUUGUUCUGGACCUUUGUCCGUCACUCGGCCACUAGCCUUCAGCUGCUGGACUCCUGGCCUUCACUGCUGACAUUGUUCAAGGAGUGUCUUCAAAUGAGUCUCAGUCCUCCAGCUCUUUUUCUUCUUCUACGAAUCUUGAGUGAGAUAGUGAUGAAGACACCAGCAAUGGAGGAGAAGAGAAACCAGAAAGAACUUCAGGACAUCUCGGGGUCAUCCCUGGAACAGAGGGCCUGGCUGAGGAGGAACUAUGCUGUCAGAGUAGGCACACAGACAGGAUCUGAGGAUGGAGCAGAGAUCUUUGAUGACACAGACACCCAGCAGGAGGCUAGCACUGUCAAGGUUGCCAUCCGCAGAAGUCAAGCUACAGACUCCAGAUACAGUGUUCAGGCUUUGUUUCUCCUAGCUGAGCUGACAUCACACCUCCUGGAUGUGGUGUAUUCAAGUGAGGAGAAGUUUAAAGUUGCCCCAUUUCUCACAACUUUACUCUAUAAUGUCUUCCCCUACCUGAGAAAUCACAGUAUGGAGAACAUGGCAAGUUUCCGAGCCUGCAGCCAGAUACUGUCCAGCAUAUCAGGCUACCAGUACACACGCAAGGCUUGGAGGAAGGAGGCCUUUGAGAUGUUGCUGGCUCCUGCCUUCUUUCAGAUGGAUGUUGCCAGCAUUGCCUCCUGGAGGACCAUCAUUGAUCACCUGAUGACACAUGACAAAACUACCUUUAAGGAUCUGCUGGGCAGGGUAUCUGUGACCCAGUCUGCCUCCCUGAACCUUUUCACCACCAAGGAGCAGGAGUGUGAUCUGCGGGCAUUGAUGAUGAAGAGGCUGGCAUUCACCAUCUUCUGUAGCGAAGCUGAUCAAUACCAGCGAGCCAUGCCUGAGAUUCAAGAGAGGUUGACGGAGUGCCUGCGAUUGCCUCAGGUGGCGAAUGUGAUGUCAUCUGUAUUCUUGUGUUUCCGAGUUCUUAUUCUCCGGAUGUCCGCCCGUCAUCUGCUGUCUCUGUGGCCGACCAUUAUCACAGAAAUGGUUCAUGUACUCCUGCAGAUAGAACAAGAGUUGUCUGUGGAUUCUGAAGACUUCAAGAUCCAGAUCGAGAAGAUUGCAGCCCUGGACUCCAGCUGGGCUCACCUGGGCAAUGGACUCAAUGCCCACAACAACCCAGCCUGGCUGCAGCUCUACCUGAAUGCCUGCAAACUGCUAGAUCUGUGCCUGGCCUUGCCGGCGGACCAGGUGCCACAGUUCCAACUAUAUCGAUGGGCAUUUGUUGGCCUUGCAGACGAGGAGGGUCCCUGUUUAGAGAAGGAGACAUCAUGGCACAACAAUUCUUAUUUUACACCACACAUCAGCCGCUUGUCUCACCUGCUCAACAACAAGCUGAAGAAGCAACCAAUCUUACUCAAAACCCACCCAGGAAGACCCCUGUUGACCCUCCACCGCCUGCAGACAUUGUCGGAACUGCAGCCCUUCUUCAGCACCCUGUGUGACUCGGUGCAGAGCCAGGGCAGUGUUUGUGUUAAGCAUCAAGGACCACAGAAAGAGGGAAGUGCAUCCCCUGCAGCUCCCCUGGUUCUUGGGAAGAAGCAGGAAUCACAUGAAGCUGCUGAUGGAGCAGACACAUCUAGAAACCAACUUGUACUGGAGUCCAACAAGGCUUACAUUGAGAAGUGGUUGGAGAGGGACUUCCUAGAGCCGCUGACAUAA